AUGCCUCCUUCCUCCUUUACUUCCUUCCUUUCUUUUUUUUCUUUCUCCAUUCCUUCUUUCCUUUCUUUCUUUGUCGUUCUUUCAUCAGUUUUACUUUUUCUUUCUUUCUUUGUUUCUUUCUUUCUUUGUUUCUUUCUAAUACAUUCGGUCUUUCUUUCUUUCUUUCUUUCUUUCUUUCUUUCUUUCUUUCUUUCUGAUAAAUUCGUUUUUCUUUCUAUCUUCCUUCCUUCCCCCUUCAUCUCUUUCUCUCUUUCUUCUCUCUCUUUCUCUCUAAUAUGCACUGAAGAUAUAUUUAAAAACUGUAUCGAUUUAUCUGAUGCCUUUGGUGUCCUUCCUUCUUUCCUUCCUUUUCUUUCUCCUUUCCUUCCUUCCUUUCUUUCUUUCGUUCAUUCUAAUAAUAUCGGUUUUACCUUUUCUUUCUUUCUUUCUUUCUUUCUUUCUUUCUUUCUUAUAAAUUCUCCACCAUGUUUCAGAGGCACGAAGUUCUCUCCUUCAAUUAUUGGUUCUUUGUCCGCCUCGUAUGGUUCUAAUGAAGAAACCAAGCGAAUUCAUAAAUAUCUAUCUAUCUAUCUAUCUAUCUAUCUAUCUAUCUAUUUAAUUACCGUUUAUAUCUAUCUAUCUAUCGCAAUUUUUGUACGCUUCAUCGCAGACAAUCGCCUGGGCUGUCUUCAAUUUCUGUGGAAAAGACGACCAAGCAAUAAAUUGAAAACCAAUCUAUCUAUCUAUCUAUCUAUCUAUCUAUCUAUCUAUCUAUCUAUCUAUCUAAUUACCGUUUAUAUCUAUCUAUCUAUCGCAAUUUUUAUCUCUAAUCUAUCUAUCUAUCUAUCUAUCUAUCUAUCUAUCUAUCUAUCUAUCUAUCUAUCUAUCUAUCUAAGUCUUGUAUCUAUCUAUCUAUCUAUCUAUCUAUCUCAGUGUAUGCAUAUCUAUCUAUCUAUCUAUCUAUCUAUCUAUCUAUCUAUCUAUCACUGUCUGUUUUUUCUAUCUAUCUAUCUAUCUAUCUCAGUGUAUGCAUAUCUAUCUAUCUAUCUAUCUAUCUAUCUAUCUAUCUAUCUAUCUAUCACUGUCUGUCUAUCACUAUCUGUCUAUCACUGGCUGUUUUUUCUAUCUAUCUAUCUAUCUAUCUAUCUAUCUAAGUCUGUUCACAUCUAUCUAUCUAUCUAUCUCAGUGUAUGCAUAUCUAAGUCUGUUUACAUCUAUCUAUCUAUCUAUCUAUCUAUCUAUCUAUCUAUAUAUCUAUCUAUCUAUCUAUCUCAGUGUAUGCAUAUCUAUCUAUCUAUCUAUCUAUCUAUCUAUCUAUCUAUCUAUCUAUCUAUCUAUCACUGUCUGUCUAUCACUAUCUGUCUAUCAUUGUCUGAUUUCUAUCUAUCUAUCUAUCUAUCUAUCUAUCUAUCUAUCUAUCUAAGUCUGUUCACAUCUAUCUAUCUAUCUAUCUCAGUGUAUGCAUAUCUAUCUAUCUAUCUAUCUAUCUAUCUAUCUAUCUAUCUAUCUAUCUAUCACUGUCUGUCUAUCACUAUCUGUCUAUCAUUGUCUGUUUUUUCUAUCUAUCUAUCUAUCUAUCUAAGUCUGUUCACAUCUAUCUAUCUAUCUAUCUAUCUAUCUAUCUAUCUAUCUAUCUAUCACUGUCUGUUUUUCUAUCUAUCUAUCUCUCUAUCUCAGUGUAUGCAUAUCUAUCUAAGUCUGUUCACAUCUAUCUAUCUAUCUAUCUAUCUAUCUAUCUAUCUAUCUAUCUAUCUAUUUAUCUAUCUAUCUAUCACUGUCUGUCUAUCACUAUCUGUCUAUCACUGUCUGUUUUUUGUAUCUAUCUAUCUAUCACUGUCUGUCUAUCACUAUCUGUCUAUCACUGUCUGUUUUUUGUAUCUAUCUAUCUAUCUAUCUAUCUAUCUAUCUAUCUAUCUAUCUAUCUAUCUAUCUAUCUAUCUAUCACUGUCUGUCUAUCACUAUCUGUCUAUCACUGUCUGUUUUUUCUAUCUAUCUAUCUAUCUAUCUAUCUAUCUAUCUAUCUAUCUAUCUAAGUCUGUUCACAUCUAUCUAUCUAUCUAUCUAUCUAUCUAUCUAUCUAUCUAUCUAUCACUGUCUGUCUAUCACUAUCUGUCUAUCACUGUCUGUUUUUUGUAUCUAUCUAUCUAUCUAUCUAUCUAUCUAUCUAUCUAUCUAUCUAUCUAUCUAUCACUGUCUGUCUAUCACUAUCUGUCUAUCACUGUCUGUUUUUUCUAUCUAUCUAUCUAUCUAUCUAUCUAUCUAUCUAUCUAUCUAUCUAUCUAUUACUGUCUGUCUAUCACUAUUUGUCUAUCACUGUCUGUUUUUUCUAUCUAUCUAUCUAUCUAUCACUGUCUGUCUAUCACUAUCUGUCUAUCACUGUCUGUUUUUUCUAUCUAUCUAUCUAUCUAUCACUGUCUGUCUAUCACUAUCUGUCUAUCACUGUCUGUUUUUUCUAUCUAUCUAUCUAUCUAUCUAUCUAUCUAUCUAUCUAUCUAUCUAUCUCCAUCAAACAUCGCCAUAAACAUUGUAAAGAAACUUUUUUCUUUUUUUAAUUUUUCAUCAGCCACAAAUCUGCUAAAAAUCUUCCGGUUUGUGUCUUUCUCGGUCGACUUCCGUCUAAUCAUAAUCAAUACAUUUAACUAUCUGGCUCUAUUCAUAUCUAUCUAUCUAUCUAUCUAUCUAUCUAUCUAUCUAUCUAUCUAUCUAUCUUUGACAUUCUGUUUAUAUCUAUCUAUCUAUCUAUCUAUCUAUCUAUCUAUCUAUCUAUCUAUAUGCAUGUGUGUAUGUGUUCACACGCGUGUUCGUGCGUGUGUGUGUGGAUCUGUGCGUUAUUACGCGCGAGUGUGUUUAUCAAGGAUUUUAUUAAAUGCGGCAGAAGCAUUGCCGUUCUGA